AUGGCUACAGGUAUCGGAGACCGUCUACACAAUCUCGUCAGAACCCCUUUACUCAAUUUCACGACGAGCAAGCAUGUCCCGACUCUGGCAGCAGCCGUACUCUGUACCUUCGUCGCCAGCUUUACGGUACCGCUCUUCUCAAUCAUCCUUGGCGGGAUAUUCAAUCAGUUUACGCUGUUCGGUGGAGGAGAAAUCACCGGUCAGGUCUUGAUCCAGCAAGUUUCGUCGUAUGCCAUCCUGCUUCUUGGGCUGGGGACUCUCGGGUGGUUCUGGAACGGAAUCUACUUAAUCCUCUUCGUGGCAUUCGGUGAACUGCAAGCUGCCAAUGCUCGAGAUAAACUGUUCAACGGGCUGUUGAAGAAGAAUCAGCGGUUCUUCGAAGAGCAGGAGGAGGGAACUCGGACAUUCUUGGGAUGUAUUCCAAUCCAGAUACAGGAGCUGCAGACGGCUGCCUCACAGUCCCUCGGGUUGGCCCUACAAUACUUCUUUCGUACACUGGUCUCCCUCGGCGUUGCGUUUUAUACCUCCUGGAACCUCUCCCUCGUCAUCCUAGCAGGGAUCCCCAUCGUCUCGAUGCUAGUUCCAAUCCUCGCGCCAAAGAUCAAUGCAAGCAUCGAAGCCCAGCAAAAUGAACUCAAAAUUGCAUCAAAAGUCGUCAACAAUGCGGUACUCUCCAUCGACACCGUGAAAUGUCUCAAUGGCCAGGACAUCGAGCUCGGCAAGUUUAGCACCGAUGUGGACAAGAGCGCAUCGUUCUUCCUUAAACAGGCCCACUUGAACGCUCUUCAGAUAUCCGCCAUGCGGUUCAUGAUGUUCGGCAUGUUUGUGCAGGGGUUUUGGUACGGAAGCUCUCUUGUGCACUCUGGGAAGCUGUCCGCUGGUGACGUUCUGCGGACAUUCUGGGCUUGUUCUUCUGCCGCUCAGUCUCUUGAGUCUCUGAUGCCGCACCUGGUCAUACUCGAGAAAGGCAAGGUUGCUGCGACCGCGCUGCAACGGAUACUACGCGGCGGUGAUAAGAACCUUCCUGAGGUGGAGAUGCAGGGGGCUCAGUAUCCAGGACUUUGUGACGGCGAUGUCGAGGUGGCAUCGUUGUCAUUUGCAUACCCAUCUCAACCUGAGCGGCCAAGUCUGAAAUCCUGUGAUUUCACCUUUCCAGCUGGAAGUACCACAUUCGUUAUCGGCAAAAGCGGCUCGGGGAAGAGCACGCUCGCGCAACUACUCACUCGCUUCUACCGCCCUACGUCAGGAGAAAUCUUUAUAGACGGCAAUCCGAUCCAGACGCUGAGCACGACGUGGAUCCGCAAUAACAUUACAUGCGUCGAGCAACGUAGUAUACUCUUCAACGAGUCGAUUUUCAGAAACAUUGCCUUUGGACGGCAUGAUCACGAGCAGGUUCAAAAGGAAGACGCGGCGGAAUCCAUCGAUCUGGCGAUGCUAGCAAGCACAGUUGAGAAACUGCCAAGCGGGAUAGAUACCCUCGUCGGCGAGGGAGGCAAUGCCCUCAGCGGCGGUCAAAGGCAGCGAGUUGCAAUCGCAAGAGCUCGAUUGCGAGACUCCCCAAUUCUCAUCCUAGAUGAGCCGACGAGUGCCCUCGAUGGGUCGAACCGUGUUCAUGUCAUGAAUGCUGUUCGAAAAUGGCGUGAGGACAAGACCACGAUUAUCAUCACUCAUGACAUGUCUCAGAUAAGGGAUAACGAUUUUGCUUACGUUCUAGAGAAUGGCUCGGUUAUUCAAGCUGGGUAUAAGGCAGAGCUCAAGCACGAACCGGAGCUUGCUGUAUUCUUCAGUGAGAAUGACAAUGGUGACACCGACAAAGUCUAUUACGGCGAUGAGUCGACGGAUACAGCUUCCAUGUGCUCUGACGAUACUUUUGCCGAACAACCGCUGAAGGAUUUCUAUGUCAACCCUUCUCGUGCCAACAGAUAUUUCAGUAACUCACCGUUGCAUAGUGGCGGGGAAGAGCCGGAUAACAUGUCUCUUCCAAAAGAUCCAUUCGCUCUCGAGACCGAGAUCCCCUUGGAAGCCCUUACCCCUACAACACCUCGAGAGGUGCCAUUCAGUGCACCAUCGUCCUCUAGAGGUCUCAAGCGCCGAUUGAAGAAAAUGCGCAAACGAGCCAAGCGCUCAAAGCGUGAACGACCAAUUAGUCCACUCACCACCCUGCAAAACCCGAUCCGAAAAGCAAUGCAGUCAAUCAUCCCCAGUCUAUCGCCCAAACACCGUCUGCUGCUGUUCGUUGGUGUUCUAUGCACACUGGCACAUGCCACCGCGACCCCAAUCUUUUCAUACCUCCUCUCCCGCCUGCUCCAUACAUUCUACUGUCAGACCAACGACAGCAUGCGAUGGGCACUCGCCGUCCUUGGCGUGGCAAUUGGCGACGCAUUCACCAACUACUUGAUGUACUACCUCCUUGACGUCUGCGGCCAAGUCUGGAUCGAUCAUCUACGGAAACAAGCAUUCCAGCGCGUUCUCGACCAGGCCCGAUCGUGGUUUGAAGACGAACGGAAUACGGCCGGCGAGCUAAGUACUUGCCUGCAUGAAAGCGGCGAAGAAGUCCGGAACCUGCUUACUCGUUUCAGCGGGUAUAUCCUCGUCGCUGCCUCAGUUACACUAAUGGCAGUCGUCUGGAGCCUAGCGCUGAGCUGGAAAUUGACUCUUGUUGCGUUGGCUUGUGGCCCAGUUAUCUAUGGCAUUACGCGAGGGUUUGAAACGACGAGUGGAAUAUGGGAUAGGCGAUGCACUGCAGCUAGGACGAAGACGUCAGAGGUGUUUGUUGAGACCUUUGCGGAGAUACGGACGGUGCGCGGCUUGACGUUGGAGCACUACUUUCACCAGAAGCAUCUGAGAGCUGCGUCUACUUGCUUGACGUUGGGAUUGAAGAAGGCCAUAUACACGGGGCUGAUGUUUGGUCUUAUUGAGUCGAUUAUUCUUUUCGUUAGUGCAUUGAUCUUCUACUACGGGGCAGCCCUAGUGCGCUACGGCGACUUUACAGCCGAAGACAUCAUGUCCGUCUUCUCUGUCCUGCUCUUCAGCAUCGCCUAUGCAAGCACGGUCAUGACAUGGAUUCCCCAAAUAAGCACCUCUCGCGAAAUGGCUCGCCGCCUCUUCCGCCUCGUCGACCUCCCAGCGCACACAUCCCACGAACACAUCGGCACCCAAAAACCAACAUCCAUAGCUCCCAUCGAAAUCAAAAGCCUAACCUUCCACUACCCGUCCCGCCCAGACGCGCCCGUCCUCCGAAAUAUCUCCCUCUCUAUCCCCGCAGGCUCCUGCACCGCGCUCGUCGGUCGCUCGGGUUCAGGGAAGUCAACAAUCGCCUCGCUCCUCCUCGCACUCUACGAAACACCUCCAUCCCCUUCAUUCACGGGGACAUUGUCUGAGAACGCACCGAGUAUUUCCCUAGCAGGAACCUCCAUCCGCACGCUCCAUACGCCCACCCUGCGCAACCAAAUCGCCAUCGUCUCGCAGACACCCACGCUCUUCCCGGGCACAAUACAGGAAAACAUCGCCUACGGCCUCCCCACCACCUCACCACUCCACACCCUCCUCAACGUCCGCGCCGCGGCAACCGCCGCCGGAAUCGACGAGUUCAUCUCCUCGCUACCACAGGGCUACCAGACCAUAAUCGGAGACGGCGGAGUCGGUCUUUCUGGCGGACAAGCGCAGCGGGUCGUCAUUGCACGUGCGCUUGUUCGGGAACCGCAGGUCCUUGUCCUUGACGAGGCGACGUCGGCGCUUGAUCCGGGGAGUGCGGAGACGGUCCGGAGGACGGUUAGGGGGCUUAUGCAGGCGCGGCGCGGGUUGACGGUGCUGAUUAUCACGCAUGCGAGGGAGAUGAUGGAGAUUGCGGAGAAUGUUGUUGUGCUUAAUGAGGGGAGGGUUGUUGAAACUGGGAGCUUUAGGGGGUUGGUUCGGAGGAGAAGGGGGAGGUUGAGGGCGCUUAUUGGGGGUGAUGAUACAGAGGCUCGCAGAAGCAGUGCGAACAGCACACCGGACAAGAUAUAG